ACCACCCCUCCCCUAACCCUACCACCCCUCCCUAACCCUACCACCCCUCCCCUAAUUGGAGUAAAUGGACAACGACACUUCUACUUCCAACUUAUACAUACUAAAUACUUUUCAUGGACAAAAUCUAUUUUAUAAUAGUUAUAUUUGAUUUGUUAUUAAUCCCAUCCUUCAGCUACCAUCAACCCCUCCCAUCUAUCUCUGAAUCCUAUUUUUGCCAUAUAUUUUUAAUUGUUUCACAAAAGUUCUGAACCUUUAUACAUUUUACAGACACAGUAUAUUUUUAUAUUAUUAUUAUUAUAUUAUAUUAUAUUUUACAAGAAUUAUCUUGUUGUUUUUAAUCCCGCCCUCUCAUUUAUCUCUUAACCAUGUAUUUUUUGCAAUAUAUUUUUCAACUGUGCUGUGAUGUUUCACGAAAGUUCUACACUUUUCAAUUCUCAUAGUUUCUACAGAUUGUAAAUUUAAAAAAUAAACAUUUUUACUAAAAGUAUUAUAUUAUAUUAGUAUCAUUCAGCAUGUUUUAGUGUGGGAUGGAGUUUUGGCUUGCUCGAUGACAUCACCAAGCGGAAAAAUGAGUUAAUAGACCAAUAAGAGAGAGUUCCAAACCUCUCUGCCAAUAACAGCUAGUUAUUCAGUUUUCCCCUCCCCAGUCAGACCACUCUGACAGACCUAGCAAAAAUUCUUGAGAAAUUGCUCUUGCAAUUUUUUAAAUAUAUAUAUAUAUUUUUUUGGGGGGGGACAAUUUUAAUUGAAAGGUACUUAGGGGGAAGUAAGCUACCCAGAAGUAAUUUGAUAUUGAGAUAACAAACUGACUACUGACCUUUUUAAAUAAUACUUUUAGGUGCUCUCCUCUGGUCAUCCAAUGUAGGCCUACAUCUCGUUGCAUUAGCCAAAUAAAUAACAUAAAUUCAAAACCUUAUUUCCCAGAGAUCUGUGUGUCCAUUCUCCCCUGAGGAGAGGGAACGUGUUAUACCUGGUGGCUUAGAGUGUGUAUUUACACUGAGUGUACAAAACAUUAAGAACGCCUGCUCUGUCCAUGACAUAGACUGAGCAGGUGAAUCCAGGUGAAAGCUAUGAUCCCUUAUUGAUCAGUGUAGAUGAAGGGGCGGAAACAGGUUAAAGAAUGAUUUUUAAGCCUCGAGACAAUUGAGACAUGGAUUGUGUGUGUGUGCCAUUCUGAGGGUUUAUGGGCAAGACAACAGAUUUAAGUGCCUUUGAACAGGGUAGGGUAGUAGGUGCACCGGUUUGAGUCACGAACUGCAACGCUGCUGGGUUUUUCCACACUCAACAGUUUCCUCUGUGUUUAUCAAGAACGGUCCACCACUCAAAGGACAUCCAGCCAACAUGACACAACUGUGGGAAGCAUUGGAGUCAACAUGGGCCAGCAUCCCUGUGGAACGCUUUCUGCUGAGAGUCCAUGCCCCGACCAAUUGAGUCUGUUCUGAAGGCCAAAAGUGCAACUCAAUAUUAGUCAGUGUGUCCGUAAUGUUUUGUAGACUCAGUGUAUGUUGUUGUUUUAAGCAACAAUAAGGAAAGCAACAGGAUAAAUAUGUAGGGUAAACGUACCCAGUAACUCCCGAGUGACGCAGUGGUCUAAGGCACUGCAUCUCCGUGCAAGAGGCGUCACUGCAGUCCCUGGUUCAAAUCCAGGCUGUAUCACAUCCGGCCGUGAUGGGGAGUCCCAUAGGGCGGUGUACAAUUGACCCAGCGCCGUCCGGGGUAGGCCGUCCAUUGUAAAUAAGAAUGUAUUCUUAACUGACUUGCCUACUUAAUUAAAGGUUAACUACUUAAAAAAAAAAUACAAACAAUAAAUUAAUCCUGCCAUCUCUUCUUAGUGUCUAGGAUCUAUUCUGUUGCCAGGGAUCUGUUUGUCCACUCCCCCUGAGAAGAAUGAAGGGGUUAUUCCUGGUAGAGCCACUGGUAGCCUUCUAUUCCUUUGCCAGUUUCCUGAUCUACCCCUUGGUACAACAGUAUGUGUACAGGAGACUAUGGCAGGAGAUGACCAACACAACCUACCCUGUCUCUGACAACACCUCACGCUGCGAUCCUUCCAACACCAGCAGCCACCAUGAGGAGGUGCAGAAGGCGGCGUCUCUCUUCUCCCUCUACACUGAGCUCUUCUCCAUGAUCCCCUCUCUGGCCGUCACCCUCAUCCUCGUCGCCUACAGCGACCAGCGCGGACGCAAGAUCACCAUCAUCCUGCCUCUGAUUGGCUCUCUCUUCUACGCCCUGUCUUUCCUGGCCGUCUCCUUCUUCGAGCUCGACCUCUACCUCCUCAUCGUCUCGUCGUUCGUCAGCGCCCUGUUCGGGGGCUCGGGGACGUUACUGGGUGGCUGUUUCUCCUACAUCGCUGACCUGUGUGAGGACGGACAGCAGAAGACCCUGCGUAUGGCCGGGAUAGACAUGGUGAUCGGCCUGCUGUCUGGAGUGGCCUCUCUCUCUACGGGAUACUUCCUCCAAGCAGCAGGCUUCAACUGGCCCUUCUUCACCUCUGCUCUGUUCCAGUGUUUCAACCUGCUCUACGCCGUCUUCAUCCUGGAGGAGACGCUCCAACGACCUCCAGAUGACCCCCUGGACGGAUCUCCGCGCCGCACCGCCAUGCAUCAGCUAGCCUGCGGGGUCUACCAGCUGUUUGCAGGGGCCAGCAGGAGGCGCAAUAUCCUCCUGGUGCUCCUCCUGCUCCUCUUCUCCUCCUUCUCCUUCGCCAACAUGGGCGGGCUCUCAAUGAUCACGCUGUACGAGCUCAAUCAGCCGCUGUGCUGGACCGAGAUUCUGAUUGGCUACGGCUCGGCGCUGUCCACCACGGUGUUCCUGACCAGCUUCGUGGGCGUGACGGUGUUCUCUCGCUGCGGCGUGCCCAACCUCGUCAUCAUUCUCAUAGGGAUACUGAGUGUCAUGGCGGGUAUGACCCUGGUGGCCUUCGCCAAGACCACGCUCAUGAUGUUCCUGGUGAGGCUUCCAAUGCUGCUGGCUAUCAUGCCGUUCCCCGUGCUGAGAUCCAUGAUGUCAAAGAUUGUAUCGAAGAACGAGCAGGGAGCGUUGUUUGCGUGCUUGGCGUGCCUGGACAGUGUGAGCAUCAGUGUGGCAAUAGCUGUGUUCAGUAGUCUCUACGCUGCCACGGUAACCUGGUACCCUGGAUUCUGCUUCCUGUUGUCUGCUGGACUCUGUGUCAUCCCCUUGGCAAUGCUAGCGGGUGUGGGGCUGCUGGGAGUGGAAGAAGGUAAAGAGGCCAAGGAGACGGAGGCCCUCAUCCCUGGAGAGGAAGGUCUCGCUGGGGAAGAGAACGAUAAUCCUCCCCUCACCUGAGACUGGAGGCCUGGAGCACUUUUCUCUUUUCUCUCUCUAUGUCAAUGUCUGUUCUGACAGACGGAGCUACACUCUUAAUCCUCUGAGGAUAAAUCCAUC